CGUGAGGGGCGCCGUGAGGGGCUCCGCUCCCGCGGCCCGGCCCGGCCCGGGGUCAGCGGCCCCUCCGCCGGCCCCGCUCCGCCCGGCCUGACCCCCGCCCGAGCAGGAGCCGUGGGGAGGCCGCGGGCGGCGGCAGGGCCCGGGGACAGCCCCGGUUUGCAGGGUCCGGUGCAAGGUGUCAGCCGCCGGGCCUGGAGCCGGCGCCCGCCGAAGGGCCCGGCGGUGGCGCCUGUGGUGACGGCGGCCGCUCCUCACAGACGGGCGGUACAUUCGGCCCUGAGCAGCACAAGUGUUCCCAAGCCCCGUGUGCCCGUGGUCUGUGGCCUGAGCCUCCCCAGUGCUCCCCAGGCCCUGCAGGAGCCCUCCCAGCCAGCUGCCUGCCUGCAGAGAGCAGGAUGUUCCUGGUGGGGCUGUCGGGCGGGAUCGCCUCGGGGAAGAGCACGGUGGUGGCGGUGCUGCGGGAGCUGGGCUGCGCCAUCAUCGACGCCGAUGCCGUUGCCAGGGAGGUGGUGCAGCCCCCCUCCAAGGCCCAUCAGCAGAUAGUGCAUGCCUUUGGCACCCAGAUCCUCUUGGAGAACGGAGAGAUAAACCGCCAGGCUCUGGGAGACAUCAUCUUCUCCCACCCGGAGAAACGGCAGCUGCUCAACUCCAUCACCCACCCCAAGAUCCAGAAGGAGAUGCUGAAGCAGAUCCUGAAGUACUUUGUGCUGGGACACCGCUACGUCAUCCUGGACAUCCCUCUGCUCUUUGAGACCAACAGACUGACCAAGUUUAUGAAAUACACGGUCUUGGUGUAUUGCUCGCCGCGGGCGCAGCUCCAGCGGCUGAUGGGCAGGGACGGGCUGUCGCGGGCGCAGGCUGAGGCUCGCAUCGCCGCGCAGCUGCCGCUGGACGAGAAGCGUCGCUGGGCCACUCACGUCCUGGACAACUCGGGCUCCCGGGAGAGCACCCGCCGGCAGGCGCUGGCCCUGCACGCCCAGCUCCAGCGCUCCUGGGCCUUCCUGUGGGCACGGCUGGCCGUGGGCACGCUGGCAGCCGGGCUGCUCUGCCUCCUCCUCAGCCACUGCAGAUCUUAAUUCACCUUUUCCCUUUUGUCAUGGAAGAAACCUGAAUUUCCAGGUUUGAAAAGGGCAGGGAAAGGCCACCUCCUCUAAUGAGCUUUGCCAGCUGAAUGCAGACGGGGAGGAGGUGUCUCCUUGCAGACUUCCCAAGGUGAAUUAGGGCUUGGGUUUUUUUUUCCCAGCAUAGGUCUCCCCUCUCAUUUCUGCCUGCUCAGGUUAUUGCCCACAGCUCUGCCUGUGGCACGGGGCCCCACUCCCCUGCGUGGCUGCAGCCCAGGGAGGGGACAGGCUCUGGCUGUCCCUCUGUACAGGGAGGGGCCGCGGGGACCUGAGGCACUUCCACCUCCUGCAGGACAAUCUUCCUUUCCCUGAGGAGUAGGGGACCUGCUGGCCACUGUCCCCAGGGUGAUCCCCCUGAGCCCACAGCCCCGUCUCACCUGAACUA